CUCGGAGGAGACUCCGGGACUGGGGAAUAACAGGUGUGCGGAGACUUUCGGGGGGGCUCCAAGACUUGGGGUUUGCUGGUGAAGCUCCCCUCCGCCCUCCUUUCUCACACCAACCCCUCCCCACCCUCCCCGAGCCCCCCUCUUCUCCAGUCCGUGGAAAAUGGUGUCCAAGCUCACGUCUCUCCAGCAAGAACUCCUGAGCGCUCUGCUGAGCUCCGGGGUCACCAAGGAAGUGUUGGCCCAGGCUCUAGAGGAGCUGCUGCCAGCCCCGACUUUCGGGGUGAAGCUGGAGACUUUGCCGCUGUCCCCGGGGAGCGGCGCUGAGCCUGAUACCAAGCCGGUAUUUCAUACCCUUACCAAUGGACAUGCUAAGAGUCGCCUGUCAGGGGACGAGGGGUCAGAGGACGGAGACGACUAUGAUACCCCUCCCAUUCUCAAGGAGUUACAGGCCCUCAACACCGAGGAGGCUGUGGAGCAGAGGGCCGAAGUGGACCGCAUGCUCAGUGAGGACCCCUGGAGGGCAGCCAAAAUGAUCAAGGGAUAUAUGCAGCAGCACAACAUCCCCCAGAGGGAGGUGGUGGAUGUUACAGGCCUGAACCAGUCUCACCUCUCACAGCAUCUCAACAAGGGCACCCCGAUGAAGACCCAGAAGCGUGCAGCACUGUACACCUGGUAUGUCCGGAAGCAGAGAGAGAUCUUGAGACAAUUCAACCAGACAGUCCAAAGUUCUGGAAAUAUGACAGACAAAAGCAGUCAGGAUCAGCUGCUGUUUCUCUUUCCAGAGUUCAGCCAGCAGAGCCAGGGGGCUGGGCAGCCGGAUGAUGCUUGCUCUGAGCCUGCCAACAAAAAGAUGCGCCGAAACCGCUUCAAAUGGGGGCCCGCAUCCCAGCAAAUCUUGUACCAGGCCUAUGACCGACAAAAGAACCCCAGCAAGGAGGAGAGAGAAGCCCUAGUGGAAGAGUGCAACAGGGCAGAAUGUUUGCAACGAGGAGUCUCCCCAUCUAAAGCUCAUGGCCUCGGUUCCAACCUGGUUACUGAGGUCCGUGUCUACAAUUGGUUUGCCAAUCGCAGAAAGGAGGAGGCUUUCCGCCAGAAACUGGCCAUGGAUGCCUACAGCACAAACCAGCCUCAUGGCUUGAACCCAAUGCUCUCCCAUGGUUCCCCCCACCACACGCAACCAAGUGCCUCUCCUCCAAGUAAGCUUUCAGGAGUGAGAUACAGCCAACCAGGAAAUAAUGAGGUCACUUCCUCCUCCACUAUCAACCAUCAUGGCAACAGCGCCAUGGUGACCAGCCAGUCGGUUCUCCAGCAGGUUUCUCCAGCAGGCCUGGACCCCGGCCACAGUCUCCUCUCACCUGAUGGUAAAUUGAUCUCCGUCUCAGGAGGGGGCUUGCCCCCAGUCAGCACCCUGACGAACAUCCACAGCCUUUCCCACCACAACCCCCAGCAAUCUCAAAACCUCAUCAUGGCACCUCUCUCAGGAGUCAUGGCCAUUGCACAAAGCCUCAACACGUCCCAAGGCCAGAGUGUCCCUGUCAUCAACAGUGUGGCGGGCAGCUUGGCCGCCCUGCAGCCCGCCCAGUUCCCCCCACAGCUGCACAGCCCUCAUCAGCAGUCGCUCCUACAGCAGCCCCCUGGAAACCCCAUGGCCCAACAGCCUUUCAUGGCGGCAGUAACUCAGCUCCAGAACUCCCACAUGUACGCGCACAAGCAGGAACCCCCCCAGUAUUCCCACACCUCCCGGUUUCCGUCUGCCAUGGUGGUCACAGACACCAGUAGUAUUAGUACACUCACCAACAUGUCUUCCAGUAAACAGGUAAUUCUGUGUCCUCUGCAAGCCUGGUGAUGCUCAGACUUCACAUUUUCUGUGCAUAUCAACAAGGACCUUAUUUCCACACUAUCACCCAGCUAACCAUGGCAUCAGGGCAGUUGUUAUCGAGAAGCACAGGAAGCUGAUGGGCAAUGUCUCUUCCAUGUCUCUCGGACCGAUUUCACUCUCUUCCUCCUUCCAGGGCUUGGCCUGUGACUCAGCCACCCGAUCCCAUUGAUGUGGAGGAUUUGGGGGAGAGCACAGGGGUGGGGGCUCUGACCAGAGACUAUCUCGUGCCAGCAGCUGGGAUUUCCCUGCAGUAUUGAGUUCAUGCAUCACAAAGAUGCUAAGUAUUCACAUGCCUUCUAGCAAUGAGGAAAGAGGAAUAAGGCAGGAAAAACUGCUUGCUCAGAGCCACAGAAGAGGAAGAUGAAUUUCUCCGUUGCCUUUUAAGUUAUGGUCCUUCAUUGAACAAACUGAUGGAAAAACAAAAACAAAAACUUGAAUCUGUUACUGAAGUUUCAAGAUGAGGAAACAUGUGCUGUUGAACUGAGCCAAAAAGAGUGUAAAUAUCGGCAGACUCCCUCUCCCCAUUGCACCCCCAAAUGAUUCCGAGAUUUCUUUUAAAGAAGUAAAUGUGUCCAAUGGUUGUAAACUAUAAACCACUGUAAUCAAGUGCAAUUCCCUUAGAGCUCCCCCUACCCAUACACCUUUCUCUGUACAUAAUACUAGAUGGUAUUUUAAUUUUUUGUUGUUGUUGUUAAGGUCAGAACCAAGGUUUAAAAAAAAAAUCACUCCCAUCAGAAAAUAGCCCAAACCUGGAUUUAGGGAUGCCAAGACAUUCUAGAGAACUUUCCCUCUUCCCUCCCUUUGAUCCCCCAGAGCUAAGACACCUAUUGGUGAUUGAAUGAUUCUUUGUAUGGCUGCAGGUGACAAGUCACCUGAUUGGAAGUCACAUAUCCAGGUCCCAGGGAGGGCUGGGCCUAGGGUCAGAGUACAAAACGCAGCUCCUGGCAGGGAUUGGGGAUUUGGGCCAGGAACCUCAAGAAACAGAAGGGUGGAGAGGAACUGGAUGUUGGAUCUCAAAAGCAAAAGCUGACCUUUCAAAGUCUCCCAUUAAAACAUUUUAUCUUAAUGA